AUGCGCUUAAUACGAUCAUUGUUUUGGUAUCAGAUCCACACAUGGCACUCGGAGCUAUUGGACUUUAAGCUCAUACCUUCGCAGAAGUGCGGAGAACACAGACUUCACGGCCAUGGCCACGUACAAGUGACGCAACGUUCGCGCCUGUUGAACGGGUCUACUGCAUCCGUUUGUCACUCAUUAGAGCAUCGUGAAUUCGCAGACUUCGAGGAAUACUUUCUUCGAAAGUACACACUCAUGCGCUGCCUGAACAACUAUAUAGGUUCCCUGUCCGUAGCACUUCAAGUUAGAUUUAAACUAGAAACCAACAGCCACAGAGUGAUAUAUUGUUUUGUGUGUAUGAGCAUCAUCUGCAAGUCAACAGUAGAAACGAUGAAUUCGCUUUUAAUGAUCAUUGCCACGGCAACCGUAGUCAGCGCCCUGCCCUUUCCUCUGGCUACCGUUAGCCGCUACACCUCACCCGGGGAGAUCGAUUGGUACGAGGACGGCCCCGAAGACUUCGUGGCGACCGUGCAGAUCGGCGGGGACGACUACGCCUGGGAAGCGCCUCCGUCGGACUCCGAGGGGCGCGAGGAGCAGCAGGCGCUGUACGAGGACGUCUGGAGCCCGGAGGAGGACGUGAACGGUGGGGCCGCGAGGAGGAGCGCGGCCGAGGACGAGCUGAUGGCGGUCGCGGCGAGCGGCGCGCGGGGCUUCCACAUGCGGCAGGGGGCGUGGCGGCGCGGCGUGCGCGCCUAUGACCCGCACCACUGGAACCGCCUGCCGCGCGCGCACCACAGCCCGCACGCGGCCCAGGAGGCUGCCGCAGCGUCGGCUCGCACGCAGCAAGAAAUCGCGGCGGAUCCCGUGGACGACGCUUCUGAAUAGAAAGGGACAGAACGUUGCCAGUCUUAUUCCCGAAUUCAGUUUCCCGGAUGUUGUUUUACGGAAUGAACUCAUUUUCAAAGACCAAUUUUCGUCCCGAAAACGAAAACGUGACCGUCAACGCACCUUUCAGGUCUUUCCUUGCCACUCAGGUUAUUUUUCUUUCAUCUCAACCAACUAUAUUGUAAAACUCACACUGCAAAAGUUCUUUAAUGAUCUUCCUAACCAUGACAAGUAAUUGUUUCCGUACAUGUCGUUGGCUAAUGCUUUCAAUCCCAUACAUGAGUGAUAUACACUCUUCGCAUUCUCAGAGACGAAGUAUAUGAUAUUCUUCCAGUCAUCCAUUACUUUGAAUAGUAUUAUGUUGAUGGUCAUCCCACGAGAGACUAGGAAAAUUACAAAAAUGGAA